GGUUUUCUUAUUCGGAUGCGGUGGACGCUGGAAAGUGAAGGAGCAACUCCACUUUCGCUCACGUCGGCGCCGAACUGCCCCGUGCGCUCCGGAAUAUUGUCGGUCGAAUUCCACAGAAAUCUCUUCCUCGCCUGUGAUCAUAGUCAGUAUUACGCCGCUGAGGUCGCUGAUCUUCGAUUUUCUAACUUGUGGAGCAGCGAUUUAAAUUCUGGUUUGUCUUAUAUUGGUAACAAAGCAGAAAGGGGGCAGAAAAGAUAUUUAGCAAUGGCAGUGAGGCUAGAAUUCUUACCUGGUAAUGUCUACGUCCUGACGCUUGUUGGAGACGGGGAGCACCGUUUUACUCCCCAAAGUAUUCCCGAAAUUAUGGCUGCCCUCGACAAAGUGGAGGCCGAUCCCAAGGCUUGCGCUCUUGUUACCACGGGAGAGGGAAAGUUCUAUUCUAAUGGACUAAGUCUGAGCUUGGAGGACAGGGGCUCAAAGGAAAACAUGCAGCUAAUUGACCAGUUUCAUGCACUGUUGAAGAGAAUACUCACCUAUCCGAUACCCACUGUUGCGGCUGUGAAUGGUCACGCUGUUGCCGGAGGAUGCAUGGUAGCCCUUGCUCACGACUACAGGUUCAUGCGGGCCGACAGAGGUUUCAUGUUCCUCAGCGAGAUCGACAUCAAACUCCCCUUCUCCCCAGGCAUGAAUGCUAUUAUUCGAUGCAAGCUUCCCGUUAUGACAUAUCACAAGGCAAUGCUAUCUGCGUUUCGAUACACUGGCCAGACAGCAGUGGAAGCUGGUAUGGUUCAUAGUUCGCCCUCAGAUUUACAAUCCACAUAUCAAGAAGCGCUGAAGCUUGCUAAAGGUCUUGCAAGCAGGAAUUUUGACCGUGUCGUCUACCAAACCAUCAAGAAGCAGAUGUUCAAGGCAGAGAUAAAGGAAUUAGAGAUACUCGCUACACUGGAACCUAUCGUCGCUUCUUCCAAGUUGUGAUAGCAUUGAUUUUAUCUGUAGAUGACACUUGCGUAAUGGCGAUUUCCAGCAGCCUCUGUUACGUCUUAUUUCAAGUGGUUUUUACCUGGGUAAAUGCACAACACUCGAAUGACGUUUCUUCCCCUACUUGGUGGGUACGUUCACCGCUGGCGCACUUGGAAUAUGCAGUCGUGUUGUCUGAUGCACCUUGUGAUUGAUGCUCGAGGAAUUUGUAAUGGAUCCAUGCCCGUGUGAUUUAAAGUUCUGUUUAUAAUUUGCAGAAAAUGAGAGGAAUUGGUAUCAGAGAGACAAUAAGCCUUUUUUUGUGGAGAUAUAUUCUCUGCUUCAAUGAAUGAAAUUUUAGUCUGGUUAUUUUAAAGCAGCACAAUUGGUGUGUUCUUCCUGGAGUCUUCUGGUCUACAGUUAGAGUAAUUCUAUCCUGAGCAAUUCGUCCUGGAUAAACCUUGCUGAAUGUGCACCAAGAAACGACCACCCAACGCAGAUAAAUUUUUGAAAUUGAUAUUCAUCCAAUAGAACAAUCCGGACAGGUCCAAAAAAUUCAAUUGUGCCCAUACAAAUUGGAAGCCUAGAGGAAAAGUAGGUCACAAGACCAAGGCCAAAAGUUGGUCUCAAAGUAGUAGUGCAAGUAAAGUGUUGCUGAAACAAUUUUUGCAGUAGGGUCGAAACAAUGUAACAAAGUUGGGCAUCAUAAUUAUUAGGGGGAUAGAGAAAUGUGUUCUAACUGAGAAGAGAAUACCUUUAUGACACUGAGAGAGGAUUUAAUCCCUCUGCCCCUUGCCCUC